CAAGUUCAUGAUACAGAUUGUUGAAAAUAUGUGAUUUGGGUUUUUAACACGCACACAUACUACUUUAACACAUUUUAAAAUAAAAAUCAUACAGUCACUAACAAAGCAUUGAAAAAUCACUAUCAUUCUCUCUUCUAUAUAAAGGUAAAAUCCUCUCAUUCUCUUCUCUCGCAAAAAUCAGGCAGAUGAGAUUCAAUUGAUUGAUUCAUUUUGAGAUAUCCCGAAAAAAAGAAAAAGAAAAAAAGAAGCAACAAUGGCCUCCUAUAGGCCAUUCACCGCACCACCGCAACCGCCACAACCACCGCAACAACAACAGCAAAGACCAAAUCAGUAUACUCAAAGUUACAAUCCUCAAUUGGCCCCACCACCUCAAAACUAUCAGAAUUACUCACAACAUUACCCUCAGCCGCCCCGCCCCGCCCCGCCUCCUCACCAACAAUACCCUUAUCAGCGACCCCCUCCUCCUCCACCAGCACCACUACAGCAACAGCCGCCGCCGCCGCCGCCGCCACCUAAUAUGUACUAUCCCACUUCACAUUACUCUCAUCAAUCAUUGCAGCAGCCAAUUCAGCCUCCACCUCCACCCCCUUCGUCUCCUCCUCCUAGCUCUUCAAUUCCACCCCCACCCCCUCCCAGCUCCCCACCCCCACCCCCUCCUAAGGACAGUGCAUUUGAAAGAGAUAAAGGGGCGUCUCAGGAGAAGAGAGAACAUGAUCAUCCCAAUCAUGGGAAACAUCAGCAGCGGCAGCAGCAGCAGCAGCAGCAGUCGCAGCUUCCUCUGGUGGUGAAGAAGGCGAAUGGGCACCCAGGAAGGGUGGAGACCGAGGAGGAGAGGAGGUUGAGGAAGAAGAGAGAGUUUGAGAAGCAAAGGCAGGAGGAGAACCGUAGGCAGCAAUUGAAAGAGUCUCAGAACCCUGCUCUGCUAAAGAACCACGUGAUCUCUUCUCAAAAAGGGCAUGGUUCCAUUGUUGGUUCACGGUUGGGGGAUAGGGUGGCAACUCCAUUGUUGGGUGGGGAGAGGGCUGAGAAUAGGUUGAAGAAGCCAACGACCUUCUUGUGCAAGUUGAAAUUCCGGAAUGAACUUCCUGAUCCGAGUGCUCAACCGAAGCUGAUGCCUUUAAAGAGAGAGAAAGAUCGAUUUACUAAGUACACAAUCACAUCUUUGGAGAAAAUGUAUAAACCUCAACUAUAUGUUGAGCCAGAUCUUGGGAUACCUCUUGACCUUCUUGAUCUCAGUGUAUACAAUCCUCCUAGUGUUAGACCACUUCUUGCUCCUGAAGAUGAGGAAUUGUUGCAUGAUGAUGAGUCAGUUACCCCUGUAAAGAGAGACGGCAUAAAAAGAAAAGAAAGGCCAGCAGAUAAAGGUGUUUCUUGGCUAGUUAAGACACAGUAAUCUCCUCUUAGCAUGGAGUCAGCUAAACUGUCUCUGACCGAAAAACAAGCUAAAGAACUGAGAGAGAUGAAGGGAGGCUGCAAGCUUUUGGACAAUCUCAAUAAAAGGGAGAGACAAAUCAAGGAAAUUCAAGCAUCGUUUGCCUCAAACAAGUUACCCCCCGUGCAUGCAACUAAUAAAAACUUAAAGCCAGUCGAGAUUCUGCCUCUGCUACCUGAUUUUGAUCGGUAUGGAGAUAAAUUUGUCACAGUAGCAUUUGAUGGUGCUCCUACAGCUGAUGCAGAAAAUUACAGCAAGUUCAAUCCAUCUGACCGUGAUGCCUAUGAAUCACGGGCUAUUAUGAAAGCUUGUGUGGCAUCAGGUUCAGAUCCGGUUAACCCAGAGAAGUUUUUGGCAUACACAGUACCUUCUCCAGAUGAGCUGUCAAAGGAUAUGUAUGAUGAAAAUGAGGAUAUCUUAUAUUCUUGGAUUCGCGAGUAUAAUUGGGAUGUACGGGGGGAUGAUGUCGAUGACCCUUCAACGUUCCUUGUUUCAUUUGAUGAAGCUGAAGCUCGCUAUUUGCCUCUUCCCACAAAGAUUAGUUUAAGAAAGAAGAGAGCCAGGGAGGGUAGAUCAGGUGACGAGAUUGAACAUUUUCCUAUACCCUCAAGAGUAACUGUGAGGAAAAGAGCUGUUGCUGCUACAAUUGAACAGAGAGAUUUGGGGGCUAUUUCAAAUUCAAGGGGAAACAAUUCAAGGAUGGAAAGGUUUGAGGAUGAGGAUGGCCUUGGAAGACUACAGAGGGUUGCUCUAGACGAGGACCUUCACCAUUCUAGUGGAGCUGAAGAUGAGAUGUCUGAGUGAUCCUUUGAUGCAAAUGCUGUGAAACUUCUGUAUUUGCCUAUUUGGGUUGGCAGGUGACUAGGUGGAGAUUGUGUAUUCAGAUGCUCGCAAUGAAAAACUGAGUAAUUUACCCCUGCCAUUCGUGCCGGCAGUUGGAAGUUCCUUUUUGCCCCCCAGAUUGUAGUUGGUUUUAGUUUAUACAGAUUUUCUGAUAUCAAGAGGGAUAGAGAAAGGAAGCUGUAAAAAAGGUUAGACAUCAUAUAAACCGAGUUUCAUUUCCUCUAAUGUGUUCAAUUUUGAUCCAUGUAACAUUAAAAUGCUUUUGUUUCCUUUUUCCUCGUUGUUAAAAAUGUAAGCGCUUGCUUGGUUAGGUGUUGAUAGGCGUGGAAAAUAGUUAAUAACCCACAUCUGGUUCUUUAAUCUUUCUUUGAUUUUGUACAUUUCUACAAUUCUUGAUCAAUGAAAUUUCUUAGCAAA